CGGGAGCGGCCCGCGGUCGGGGCAGGCAGAGCCGGCUGGCGGGGCGCGGCGCCCGGCCUGCCACCGCGCCAGGGCCGCAGCAGGAUGUGUAAAGAUUAAGUGCCAAGCGCCAAAAUGAGCGUGACUUCGUGGUUCUUGGUGAGCAGCACGGGCAUUCGCCAUCGGCUCCCUCGGGAGAUGAUAUUUGUUGGCAGAGAUGACUGUGAACUGAUGCUCCAGUCCCGCAGCGUCGAUAAGCAACAUGCUGUAAUCAACUAUGACAAGGAGAAAGAUGAGCACUGGGUGAAGGAUCUCGGGAGCUUAAAUGGAACAUUUGUCAACGAUGUGAGGAUUCCUGACCAGAAGUACAUCACCCUGAAGCUGAACGAUGUCAUUCGCUUCGGCUACGAUUCCAACAUGUAUGUCCUGGAACAGAUUCAACACAAGGUCCCAGAAGAAGCAUUAAAGCAUGAGAAGUACACCAGCCAACUUCAGAUGAACUACAAAGGCACGUCCAUGAAGAGGGCGGAGCAGCCCAUGGAGCAUGGAGUCUACACCGAGUCCUCACAAGCAAAGCUGGAGAAAGGAGAGAGGAAAGCAAUUACAGAAACCAAUACCUACCGCACCCCUCUGUAUGGGCAGCCCUCGUGGUGGGGGGAAGAUGAUGCGAACAACAAGGAGGACAGAAGGCAAGAGGAACAUUACUCAGAAAGAUCAAAAGAGAUAACCCAACAUGAAGAGGAACUGAAUGGUAAUAUCUCUGCUUAUAGAGAUGCCCAAGAACAGUCUGUGUUUGCCUUCCGGAGAGAGCCAAGUUACUUUGAGAUUCCAACUAAAGAAUUUCAGCAGCCAUCAAAGUCUCCAGAAACACAGGUCCAUGAGAUCCCAACAAAGGAUGUUGACGCUGUAGUAACCCCUGUUGUACAGAGCCAUGCCUCUUUCACCAUUGAAUUUGAUGAUGGCACCCCCGGUAAAAUAAAGAUAAAAGACCACGUAACUAAAUUUUCGCUCAGGCAGAGAAGACCCUAUAGUAAGGAACCAGCUCAUACAGAAGUGAUGUCAGCAGAGAGCAAGGUGGCUGAUUGGCUUGUUCAGAACGACCCAAGCUUGAUGAGACGACAGUCUCCAGGAGAUGAUGUCUACAGUACAAAGAGUGACCUGCCUGUGCACGUGAGGACGCUUAAAGGUUCCUGGUCGUUGACUGAAUCGUGUUGUGUGCCUUCACACCCGUUCCCUUCUCCAAAAAAAGGCAAUAGGCACGAGGAUGGGACGCAGAGCGACUCGGAAGACCCCGUGGCACCCAAGGCGGAGAAAGAGCCGACGACAACGGGCAGCGAGCGUGGGGCGGAGCAAACCAAGCUGCAGCGGCAGAUGAGGCGCGAUCCCCACGAGAUGCUGCACAACAAGCAGGCCUUCGUCAUCGAGUUCUUCGAGGACAUGCCGCGCAAGAAGCGCUCCCAGUCCUUCACGCACAGCGCUCACUCCUCCCAGAGCGACACCGACCCGGGGCCCAAGACCAAGGUGGAAAAGCGCAAGAAUGUGUUGCCAGCGGAGAAGCAGGGAAACGCCGUGCCGCCCAACCACCAGGCCCUGGCAGGCAAAGGCAGCAACAGCUCCUCCGGGACCCAAAGAGCAAGCUCCUUCAAGAGGGAGAAGACGGAGGAUCGGAUCAACUCUUCGUCCGCCUCUGCAUCCAGAGGGUCAGCCAGAGCUUACGGGAGCGUUGGGAGGAAGUCUAAAAUGGCUCAGGAUUUUAUGGCCGAGUACUUGCGGGAGACUGCCCAGGGUGGGAAGCCGAGUGCUGAGAAAGCGGCGCCUCUGCCCAUGCCGGUAGCUCCGUGCGUGGUUGUGUCGUCUGAACCAGAGUCUGUCUCUGCCCCACCUCCGGAGGUAAAGUCAGCCCAGGGCAGGAGGAACGAUGAGGAGGACAGCGUGAGCGAGACAGGCACGUACACCAUUGAGACAGAGUCACAGGAUAAAGAGGUGGAGGAAGCACGAAAAAUGAUAGAUCAGGUUUUUGGUGUUCUUGAGUCACCUGAAUUUUCCAGAAUCUCUUCAGCGUUUAGACCAAUAAUUAAAGGUGAAAAAGAUGACUCUGGUUCUCAUCAGCAUCUAAUCAGUGAGAACGGCACUAGUCAGAAGUCAGCCUUGCUCCAGGCAUUUGCCUCAAAAGCUGUGAGUGGGUCUCAGGCUGAUGUGCAGAUGUCUGCAGCAUCUCAAGGGAGUCAGAAGUGGGUGUCUAGGUGGGCGAGCCUUGCUGACAGUUACUCUGACUCUGGAUCUGUCUCUGGGCAGGGUGAUGGAGGUGCAGAAAGUGGUGUCACCCCAAAACCCGGUGAACCAGAAAACGCUGUGCCUUUGAGAACAAGGCGCCUUCUCCCCCAGCUCCCGCCCAGCGAUAAAUCAGACAGCCCCACGCCCACGGUCCUGCUUUGCCAGGACUCCUACUCCGAGGUUACCAAGAGAACCAUCGUGAAGGACCACUGCGGGGAAGGCUAUGGCGAUCCCAGCAGCCGCCUCUUCAUCCAAGAAGACUUGGAUCCAGAUAGCCUCAGCGACGCCAGCAGGUCUGAUGAUGGCUUCAGUGUGGAAAAAGGCAAGAAAUAUAAAGAGAACAAUAAAAUGUUGGAGCAGAUGGGUGAAGACACGAGAGCUGAGAGCCGGCAGCCAGGAGCCUCUCGGGUCUCAAACGUGAGAGCUGUAAGUGAGCCAGUUCCUACUUCGUUCUACAUUGGUGAUGACAGCAACGAUGCGAGGAUUCCCUCCAAGCUCUCUCUGAGCACAUCCCAUGCUCGAGCAGACAAAGACAGCAAGGAUCAGGAGUUUUCCUUCAAGUCUGCUGCCACAACAGUUCCUGGAAAGCCACCGGUCAAAGAUGUUAGCGCUUACAUAAAUGCAGCUGGAAAGGUGCUUAUUUCCCUUCAUCAGAGUCUUCCUCAAGAUCAAGAAAACACAGCAGGAAAGGAAACAUCGUCUUUUGUUAGGCAAGAAAGUUUUACCAAAGAUAAAUCAAGCAGUAGCAUUCCUCAAAAUAAACUCCCGCAUAUUUCGAGUCACCCCUUGCUUAAAGAUUUAGAGGCUGUUCGGUCGACUCGUAUGGACUUUGGUCAGGAGACUCAUCUUCUCCUGAAGGACACUGAAACUGCCUUGGCAGCACUGGAAGCCAAGUUGCUCAGUCAAAGCCAACAGUUGGAGCCCUCGGAAGCUGCUGGUCAGCUGGAGGACUCCUUGUCUGGGGACUCUGACGUGGACACCGCCAGCACGGUCAGCUUGGUGAGCGGCAAAAACGUCCCGGUAACCGCCCCGAAGCGCAAAGCCGUCGUGAGCUUACAGAAGGAGAAAUCUUCCUCCACGCCAUCCAUCCAGGACCAGUGUGUGCAGCCCAGCGCUCGGGACAGGCUGACGGAGAAGCGGAAGACGCAAACGCCGGAGGCACCAAACCGCGCCGAGGCUGCCAAACGCUUCCAGAUGAAACGAAGCGCUGGGACUCGAGGGUCGCUCGACUUCACGGAUGACGAGAGAAGCUCGAGCUUGCCCUACUUGCCGGUCCCUGACGCGGUCGUGUCCGACCACGAGCAUUCGGUAACCCGGCCGGUUCCACGAAGGAAACCUUUCACUCAGGCGGCCAAGGAGGACCAGAGCAAAACGACCUCGAACGUGCAGAAAAUCCAACAAGUUCUCACCCGCUCCAACAGUUUAUCCACCCCACGGCCCACGAGGGCCUCGAAGCUACGCCGUGCCCGGCUGGGAGACGCGUCAGACAACGAAUGCGUCGACACCGAGAAGACGGCCGCCAACCCCGAAGGCGGCGCUUCGGGCCUCAAGCAGUCCACGGAGACGAAGAAGCUGUCCCGGCUGGACAUCCUCGCCAUGCCCAGGAAACGGGCGGGUUCCUUCACGGUGCCCAGCGACUCGGAGACAACGGCGCAGUCGAGGCCGGGCUUCUCAGGCCGGAGCGCGGAGGCCUAUCGCAAGGCGGCUGUUUCAGAGGUUCGAGCCGCAGCGAGGAAAACGGCAGCCGCGGCCUCUGCGAAGCAGCCUUUCAGCAGGACACGUUCCAGCAGCGUCAAGUAUUCCUCAUCGUCCACAUCAAGGCGGAGACAACAGGGUUCAGAUUACACUUCCACUUCGGAGGAGGAAUAUGGCUCAAAUCAAAGCUCCCCUAAACACAAACGCUCCCAUACUUCAACAGCCACACAAACACCGAGGAUACGUGGCUCUGGGCUGAGCAAGCAGAAGCACAACGGCCGAGAAACGGACGAGGAUGAAGAUUUUGAUGACCCCCCUGACCCCUACAACUUCAUGGCUCAGACGGCAGAGAUAGCAGAAAUAGCCAGGCUCAGCCAGACCUUGGUGAAGGAUGUGGCCAUUCUUGCUCGAGAGAUUCACGAUGUUGCUGGGGAUGGGGACUCACAGAGUUCAUCAGGGAUAGGACCAAGCGCCUCCUUCAGCUCUAUGCCCAACACUCCUGCUUCCACCAUAUCAGCAAGAGAAGAGUUGGUGCAGCACAUUCCAGAAGCAAGUCUGAACUACCAGAAAGUGCCUCCGGGAUCAGUGGAACUGAAGGAUUUUGACCAAAAUAUGAAUGAUAAUAGAGAAGAGGAUCCUUCAAGGAAAACGAGGACAAGGAACCGUGAGGAGGUGAUCUUUGACAAUCUGAUGCUGAACCCGGUGUCCCAGUUAUCACAUACGAUCCGUGAAAAUACAGAAAACCUAGCUGAAAAAAUGAAGAUUCUGUUUCAAAACUCAGAAAGGAGCUGGGAGGAGAUGGAGGCCAAAAUGAAUUCAGAAAAUGAAGUGCCAAUCCUGAAGACAUCAAACAAGGAAAUCAGUUCUAUCCUGAAGGAGCUGAGGAGAGUUCAAAAACAGCUUGAAGUGAUAAAUGCUAUCAUUGACCCUACUGGAAACUUGGAUGUAGUUGCCAGUAACAAAGCAUCUGCUGCUGCUAAACAAUCUACAGCCACUAAAGUCAGGACUGUUAACACUUCUGGAUCCACACUGGAGACUUUGUCCCCAGCACAGAUGAGAAACUACACACAGAAAUCGAACUGUGGGUCAUCCAGCUUACAAGAUUCCAAUUUCAUUCCAGAUGGAGAGAGAUACGUGAUCUGAUCCAAUGUUUUGUAUUGCUCUCAUGCUGUGAUCUCCUGUCGCGUCAGUGUCGUGUGUGAGUGGGCUGUGGACGGUUUGUGUGGAGCAGUUGUUUAGAUUGCUGACACGUUGCACAAAAGGAAAAGAAAGAAAAUUGUCUGUGCUGUGAGGGUGAAUGGAGAGUCUGUGUAUGCCUUUUCAACAAGACUAACACUGUGGAGCAGCACAUACUCAGCACAGAGGCAAACUGAUCUCUUAGCAAAUUGGUCAUUUUACUCUUCCAGUGUGCCAUAUGAGAGGCUUUGCAUUUACUCCAUCCAGCACUGCUGAAGCUCAAGUGUUCCUGCAGUGGCCUCUUUGGGAUUAUUCAGUUGUAACGAGGCUCAACUUCAGAAACAAACCCACACUACUUUUUCUUUGUGGUACUACAUUUUGUUUUGGUUUUUGUUGGUUUGAUUUUCUUUGUUUUUAUUUGUUAUCAAGUGUAGAAGUGAAGCAUUAAGACUCUGUUGGAACCCAAUGUGCAAAUCCAACAGGAUGAUGGUGCAAUAUUGGGGGUUUCUAGGUGAAACUCUACCUUGCAGUUGUGUAAGAAGUCCUUUUCAUCAAAAGGUCAUAAAAAGGCAACCACACUGAAGUUGUGCAUCCUUCUUUGUGUUUUUGUAGUCCAAAAACCAAACCAAGACAGAACAAACCCUUUGCUUUUCUCUUGGGAAAGUGUAAAAGUUAAUAAUGCUAUGAAUAUAAAGACUACUAAUGCAGUGACUAGUUUUGGUGAUAUUUCAGGCCCCACAUUUGGGGUAGGUACAAAAAGUCAUAUUUUACAGUUUAGCUUGCCACAGGUUUUCAUCAUUCCAAUACAAAUGCUGUCCUUAAGCUGGUUUUGUUUCCUUAAAAAUAUACAGCCUUGUUAUUUUAUACAAUGAGCUACACAGGCUCUUGGCUGGGCCAAAUGAGAUGUCUGCAAUUAGCUCAUUGCCAAGAGAGACGUCUGUUCUGGCGGCUCACAUAAUAAAACCUCAUUGCACAGUUGCUGUGAGCUGGUGUUCACCUGACAGCACUCCAAAAGUCCUGGUUUAAAUGUAGCUCCACCUUUAUGGCUAACUCUGUUAUGAUUUUUCUUUCCAAUGCAAAAGUGCUUGAAGACCAUCACUCUGUGGUAUUCUUCAGAAAGCGUUCGGCGGCACGUGGGGUUUUGGUCUGGGUUUCUUAGUUUUUCAUCUGUUAUAAUCCUAGAAACACUAAGGAUUAUGUGCAGUUGCACUGAAGUGAUUUCUUGUUUGUUUCUUGGGGUUUUUUUUUUGUAGUCUGUCUUUCUGUUGAGCUGCAAAACACUAAGCAGUUUGUGUUGCUUUAGGAACAAAAGGUUUUGUUUCCGAGGGGAUCUCCUCCAGAUGUGCUUGCUCCCAGGUUUUUUUCUGUCUUGUAUCGAUUCCUUUUUCAUCCUUCCAGGUCAAUAAACAGUAAUGGGGUAAAAGAAAUUCUUCUGUAGCUAUGGAGGAUGUGUUUAGUGGGAAAGGUGAGCAGAUGAGUUCCACUUUGCCCUCAUACAGUGUGUAGCUUAACCAGUGACAAUGGUUUCCCAAGCUUGACUGCUUCUUGUGUGCUGGCAUUGUAUUUUGGGGUGGGUAGUGGAUUCCUUAGUUAGUUUUAGUAGUUACCUCAGCUAUUUCUGCUAGAAUGUUGUAAUUUAAAUAGAUAGGGAUGCUCACAAAGUGUUUAAUCCUACUAGCAAAGACCCUAAUUGCUUUCCUGGUGAAGCCAGUGGGAGCUCUAUCCAUUUCAGCAGAAAGGGGGUCGGGCCCCAGAUGGGACUGUGCCAACAGGACAUUGGUUUCUUUUGAGCAUGCAAGAUGCUGGCUGGUAAACAAUAGGUACAAAUAUCCUUCCCAGAUAUCCAGUAGGUUCUAAGACUCAUCUGCUGGUGUUGAGGUGCUCUUCACUCAAGCCACCUGCUGCAUUUCACGUAGGUGAAUGCAGAAUGAAGAACUUGCCCUUGAUGUUCUGCCUGUAAUAUAUGCACUGUCUGAAUGUAUUCAGUCGUUCAUUCUGAUCUGUCUUUUCUUGAAAUACCUGUGUCCUUGCUGAAUGUCAUCAGUGCUGGGAUCCUUCCUGACACAAGACACAGUUUUUCAAGCCCUUCUUGGUUAGGGUUUGGGCCGACGAGGUGCUACCCCAACUCAUUAGGAGUUGAAGGACCUUCACCGAUAAGGUGUUGCUGUUAGUUUCAGUUUUGCUGUAGGGAUAUAUGAAUUACUCAGACAUCUGGCUUUUGUUAUCGUUUGUUACCCACUUUUCCACCUCUCUGUGGCUAUGCUCUAGUGGGUUUCAUUUCUCUGCAAGAUGUCCUUGAUGAGGCUUCUGUUUCACUUGAAAAUUGCUGCUUCAUUCAUUCAUGAACACUUCAGGGAGGGAUUUUCUUCCUUGUUUAUUAUGCUCUGGACUCGAGAGAGAGCCUGCAGACACCUUACAUCACUUAAACCAGCCCCCAAAAGACGAUAGCCCUUCAAGAGACUUACGAAGGGUGCAGCAGUCGGUGUCUGUUUAUCGUUCGGAGAUGUGUGUUUGUGUGUGAAGCAGGGGGAGGAUGCACAGCUUGAUUUGUUUUAUUUGUGACUCAGCCAAACUAUACAAUGCUUCUGUGUCCUGACACAAUGUUCAUCCUCAGAGCUUUGCAUUUGAAGCAGCUUUGCUAGUCAAUGAUGACAUGCAACGUAUUUUUUCCUGCAUUCACUGCUCCUGAAGUGAUGCCCCAUUUGCACUUGUCUGCUCCAGAGAAGCCAAAGAGCUCAUCACCUGACUGUAUGACUCCUUCCUUGGUUGAUCAUUCUUACAAGCAGUACUGUAUGCAACCAUGAAAACAUGCCUCUGUGUGACUCCUCCAGUGUGAACCUAACAGAGUGUGGCGGUGUGUUUGGGUGGCUCAGGGUUGGUGCCUGAGAUGCCCGUUGGCUUCCUGAGCUAUGGAUGAGCUUUGCCCUGAGCUCAGCUGAGGUGCCACUGGCCUGUGGGUCACUCUCAUACCAUAUUGCUCUCAUGUGUUUUCUCUCUGACUAAAGAAAUGUAACAGAGGGUGGGAUUUUUCAAAGUCUUAGGGAAGCAAGUGCUCAGGUCCUUUGAGGUUUCCAUAUGCUUUGGGUGCCUGACGCCGUGAGCACCUUUCAAAAUCCCAGCCCUCUGCUCUUCCACUCUACUUGAAAACCACAUCCUCAGUUGGAAAACUUUCAAAUGUACAAACCUGUUGCUGUGUUCUGAUGGUGUGAAUGUAAAUUCCUGCCAGGGUGUGCACAAGCUGGGUGAGCCAGGACCUAAAGGUACCUACGGCCACGUCUUGUCGUGAAGAAAAGAACGCCUUGCAUCAUCUUUGAGUAUUUUAGUAAAGGUACAACUAGGGGAAUGUUUACAUGCAGCCUGUUGGGGGGAGGGGGGAAACAAGAUAAGAAGUGUAAAGUAUUUAAGUGCAAGAUUCUACUAGUUUUUUUCUUGUUUGGCAGAUCACACGAGCUAUUUUUGCAGUUCCCUGAACGUGUGUAACUUUUGCAAAGCCCAGACACAACUACCUGUUCACUUUCCGUGUGCUCAAUCGUGCCUAUUUCACUCUCUGCUGUCGUUAAUGCUGCUGAUUCUGCUGUUCUGACCUGUUCACUGGAUCAUUCCAUUUGCAUGCAACACAAAUGCAAGCUGAGCUGUCUGAGAGUAAAGCUGAAACACGUUGGUAUAACUUGAAUCGAUUCGUGACUUUCUCUUUCCCACACCUUGGAUUGCUGUGUAUAAUUUUGAUUCUCCUGCCCUGAUUUUUCUUCUGCUUUUGGUUGGUUCUUUCUUUUUUUUUUGAAUGGUAAUUUAUUUUUGGUUGGAUUCUAGGCAGUAUCUGUACAUUUUGUUUCAAGGUGAUAUUGUGGAUGUCUU